AUGGAACAAGACAUAGCUCUCGGACUUGCCCAUAGUGCGUCAGAAAAUGUUGACACAGUAGGUAUUCUAUUUGAAAUGUCUGUUGAUCCCAAUAUAAAAUCAGUACCAUUUGCUUCUAUCAAGGAGCUGAGCUAUUUUAGGGAAGAGGAUGAAAUUCUCUUCUCAAUGCACACCGUCUUUCGAGUGGGUGCAGUUAAACAACUGGAAAAUAAGAGUCAACUUUAUCAAGUUGAAUUACGAUUAACAUCGGAUGAUGACCCACAACUACGAUUACUUACUGAUCAGAUACGAAAAGAAGCUGGUGAUCGUACUGGAUGGCAUAAAUUAGGUAACUUAUUGCUUACAAUUGGUCAAUUUAAUAAAGUGGAAGAACUUUAUAAUGUAUUACUCGAACAGACAUUUGAUGAGAAGGAAAAAGCGUUUUAUUAUAAUCAGCUGGGAUAUAUCAGAGAUACCCAAGGUGAUUAUGAAAAGGCUAUUUGUUAUUACGAAAAAGCACUUGAAAUAUGUCAACAAAGUCUUCCUUCAAAUCAUCCUGCAUUGGCUACUGCUUUCAACAAUAUCGGUGUGGUGUAUGACAGAACGGGCGAGUACUCAAAAGCACUUUCAUCUCAUGAAAAAACACUUGAAACUAAUAACAAAACUCUUCCUUCAAAUGAUCCUCGUUUGGCUAUUUCAUACAAUAACAUUGGUUUGGUGUAUGACAACAUGAGAGAGUACUCGAAAGCACUUUCAUUUUACAAAAAAGCACUUGAAAUUCGACAAAAAACUCUUCCUUCAAAUCAUCCUGAUCUGGCUACAUCAUACAACAACAUUGGUUUGCUGUAUGACAAUACUGGAGAGUAUUCGAACGCACUAUCAUUUUACGAAAAAGCACUUGAAAUUCAACAAAAAACUCUUCCUUCAAAUCAUCCGCAUUUGGAUACCUCCUUCAACAACAUCGGUAAUCCGUAUGACAAGAUGGGAGAGUACUCGAAAACAAUUUCUUCUCACGAAAAAGCACUCGCAAUUAAACAAAAAAGUCUCCCUCCAAAUUAUCCUUUACUAGCCACUUCUUACAACAACAUCGGUUUGGUGUAUGCCAAUAUGGGAGAGUACGCAAAAGCACUUUCAUAUUAUGAAAAAGCACUUGAAAUUCGACAAAAAAGUCUUCCUUCAAAUCAUCCUGAUUUGGCUGCCUCUCUCAACAACAUCGGUGGUGCGUAUGAGAAAAUGGAAGAGUACUCGAAAGCACUUUUAUCAUACGAAAAAGCACUUGAAAUCUAUCAAAAAAGUCUUCCUUCAAAUCAACCUGAUUUGGCUGCCUCUCUCAACAACAUCGGUGGUGCGUAUGAAAAAAUGGAAGAGUACUGA